UCGACAGCUGACUUACUCGAAUCGAACUGCUCGCACGGUAAUGAUGUUCGGAUCACAUCACGAGGUUUUAUUUCGCGUUUGUCUUCAUUAUUCCUAUUAGUUUGGACCUCAGUCGAAAACGUAGAGCAAGUUUCAUACUCAUAUCAUCAAUAACACAUCUUUUUCGUUUCGUUUGGCCGUCAAAUAAAAUCGAUUGCUAUCGCCAGACAUAUAUGUAUAUAUUUUGGUCACGAAAAGUUUAAUUAAAAUUCAUUUCGAAUAAAAAAUUUAUAAAAAAGUUCUUUUGUGUGAUUGAAGUGAACAAAAGCGAGAACGUAGAAUACCAUCAAAUACGACUUCUAAAGAUGAGCGUGUCAAAAGACGAAAGACGUCGAUUAAUAUCAGCUUUAAAAUUUAUUGUGCUUUGGAUUUUUGAUCAUUGAAACGACCACACACAAAAUUUCCAUUUAAUCAGAAUAAAAUUAAAAUCAAAACAAAUAUACAAAUGGUGUGAGUGUAUUUUAAUAACGGAAACGAAAAAAAUAUAUAAAAGUGUGAUUGCGUGAAUGGGGAGCAGAAAAUUAAUGAGAAAAAACAAAAAAAAAAAUAAAAAAAAUUGAAUCAAGUCAUCAUUGUUACCAAUUCAAUCUCAAUCAUCCAUAAAUGUUCCAAUUCAGCGCAUUGAAAUUUCGUUCGUUUCACCAGCAACGCAAUCAUCAAUUGUCCGUACAUGACCCGAUUGGAGUUUUAUUAACCAACAAUCACGGAAGAAAGUAGUCAGUCUUAUGGAAUAAAUUCAUUCAAUAAAAAAAUAUAAAUAAGCGAUUCCGUUGGCAAUUCAUGCGCGAACAACCUGGUGCUGCAAUUGAUUUGCCAUUUUAAACGAAACGCUGUGUAAUUAUACAAAUAAAGCGAAACAGAAAUAACAAAACGAAAAAAAAAGUGCGUGAAAAGAAAAACAAAAAACGUUUGUAACAAAAACAAAAAGGAAAGAAAAAAGAAGAAAGGAGAAAAUGCAAUCGAUUUGCUGGACAACUAGACUUGUAUCGCGAGCAUUGCGAAGUGGUUUCUCGACACUGGUGGAGCCAAGCAAUAAAGUCAAGCCACACUUUGUAUCGGUUGCGUGUGGUUUUCCCAAAGAUUUUCUACGAACGAAAUACCAAUUGGGUAGAUUCGGUGAAGAUGCCUGGUUCAUUGCAUCAACACAAAAUUCAGACGUCAUCGGUGUAGCUGACGGUGUCGGUGGAUGGCGCAGUUAUGGUAUUGAUCCGGGAGAAUUUUCAUCAUUUUUGAUGCGAACAUGCGAGCGUAUUGUUCAAACCGCCAAUUUCAAUCCAAAACAACCUGUUAGUCUAUUAUCGUACAGUUACUGUGAAUUGCUAGAACAAAAGAAACCAAUUUUAGGUAGUAGCACGGCGUGUGUACUGAUAUUAAAUCGUGACAAUAGUACAGUGUACUCGGCGAAUAUUGGUGACAGUGGAUUCAUUGUAGUGCGCAAGGGUCAAAUAAUUCAUCGAUCCGAAGAGCAACAACACUACUUUAAUACACCGUUUCAAUUGUCAAUGCCACCGCCCGGACAAAAUGUUCUCAGUGAUAGUCCCGAAUCAGCCGAUUCGCUCAGUUUUCCCGUCGAAAAUGGUGACGUCAUUUUGGCAGCCACUGAUGGUGUUUUCGACAAUGUACCAACCGAUUUACUUCUGGAUAUAUUAAAAACCUGUGAGGGUGAAAGUAAUCCAGUGAAACUUCAAAUGACUGCAAAUGCCAUAGCACUGAUGGCUCGGUCACUAUCGUUUGAUAGUGAAUUUAUGUCGCCGUUUUCCGUGAACGCCAGACGAAAUAACAUCCAUGCGACCGGUGGUAAACCGGAUGAUAUAACAGUGGUACUAGCGACAGUUGCGACAUAAAUAUCGCUUCAACUUAAUGUGAACCGAAUGCCAUUUGUGCAUAAAACUAUAUUUAGGGAAUCUAUAUGUUAAUUUUUAAAUAAUGAAAAAACACUAGAUGUAUUUUUUUGCGAGGAAGUUGAGGAAGGAGUUUAGGCAAAAUGAUGAAGCCCAUGGAAAAUAAGUGUGCAUUGUGAAAAACAAAAAACAAAGAAACCGAUUCUCAUAACGAUCAUUAAACUCAUUUAUAUUGUUCAUCAUUGAAAAGAAAACAAAGAGAAACAAAAACCGAUAGCCGAAAAAAUCUAAAAAAACAAGACACAUUUUAUGAUAUCCAUUCUACCCUUAGAAUGAAAAGAAAACACAACGAACUUCAGUGGAUUUUACUAUAUGUAUAUUAUUUUUUUGUUUUUAUUUUUUUCUCAAUUUAUUGUGUUCCUUUGCUGAAGAAGAACCAAAAUUGAAUAAACGAAUCAUAUUUAAAAAAAAUAGUGAAUUAAAAUGAAACCA